AUGAGCAAACAUAAACUCGAAGAUGAGGCCGCUCUAUUGGCCAAGCAAGAGCGCAAGAGGAGGAAGAGAGACCGCAAGGAAGCCCUGCGUUUACAAGACAUCACACCGUCUUCAACUGAGGCCACAGCCAACUCAACCCCUGUCCCAGAGGCCAAGGAGGAUACCACCGCCGAUGUCAACGGUUCUACCGUCCCCAAGCCUGUAUCAGCUCUUGGAAACCUUCGACAAACCGAAGUCGAUAAUUUCUUAAAGACACAAUCCGUGCAGAUCUUCGAUCCACAGAAUACAGAUGUACAACCUAUCCUCGCCUUCUCGCAACUCCCACAAGAUUUGGCCUCUCAAUUCUCGGACAUCUUCUCCUCCUUCCAAAAGCCUUCGUCUAUCCAGUCCGCCGCUUGGCCCUUCCUACUAGCCGGUCGAGACGUGGUCGGCGUGGCAGAGACAGGCAGUGGAAAGACCCUGGCAUUCGGCCUGCCUCUCGUCGUCCGUCUGACCUCGCAAGAGAAAAUGAAGGGUAUCAGAGCAGUCAUUGUGGCACCGACACGGGAACUUGCCAUCCAAGUGUUUGAACAGUUGGAUAGGCUUAGCAAAACAACCCACAAGCUCAAGGCCGCAUGCAUAUACGGAGGAACCAACAAGGACGAGCAGCGUCGCAGCUUGAAAGGUGUAAAUAUCGUCGUGGCAACUCCAGGUCGACUAAAGGACUUCAUGUCCGACGGCACGGUCGACGUCUCCAAGACGCGGUAUCUGGUCCUCGACGAAGCAGACCGGAUGCUCGAUAAGGGCUUCGAAGACGACAUCAAACAGAUCAUUUCCCAAAUGCCGUCCUCAAAGAAGCGACAGACGGCCAUGUUCACCGCCACGUGGCCGAAAUCGAUCCGCGAGCUGGCGGCGACGUUCAUGCAGCAACCCGUCAAAAUCACCAUCGGGCGCGAGGACACCGAUGACUCUGGAGAAUUGAGAGCUAACAACCGGAUCGUGCAGAAAGUCGAGGUCAUUGACGGCAUGGAGAAGCAGCAGCGUCUAUUGCAGCUGUUGAAGCAGCACACGGCAGGUCCAAAGCGCAAUGACCGCAUCCUGGUCUUCUGCUUGUACAAGAAGGAGGCCCUCCGGAUCGAGAACUUCAUCCGGUCGCGCGGGUUCAACGUCGCGGGAAUCCACGGAGACAUGUCGCAGUCUGCGCGUAUCAACAGCUUGGAAUCGUUCAAGUCGGGCGCCACGACGCUCCUCGUGGCCACAGACGUGGCAGCUCGAGGCCUGGACAUUCCGGAGGUGAAACUCGUCAUCAACGUCACCUUCCCUCUGACUGCAGAAGACUACGUCCACCGCAUCGGCCGCACGGGCCGCGCCGGCAAGGACGGCCUCGCGAUCACAUUCUUCACCGAACAGGACAAGGGCCUCGCCGGCGCGCUGAUCAACGUCCUGAAAGCCGCCAAGCAGGACGUGCCCGAAAAUCUGUUGAGGUUCGGCACCACGGUGAAGAAGAAGGUCCACAGCGAGUAUGGCGCCUUUUAUCGUGAGGCAGAGGAAGGGGAGAAGACGACCUCGACCAAAAUCACCUUUGACGAUUGA